UUCAGUCGAUUUUCCGCAAUAAAAUGUCUGAUUUAGCGAAAGAGAAAGCAGCACGUCUGCUGAAGAAGCGUGGAAGCUUGUCUUCUCUGGGCAGUCAUGAAGUCAGAGCUAAAGAAGCCUUUGCCAAAACUAAGGACUCUAUCAGCACAGUGUCCUACAUGGAGGAGCCUGGACAUCAUGAUGAUAUUGCACGGCCUGCGGUGCAGAUGGAGAACACCUAUCAGCUCAGCCCCGCACAACGUUUCCCGGUGUUAACAGUGAAGGACAUUCUGAAGGAUGUGUUGACCAGCUACUUGCAGGAGGAGAAAUAUGAACCGGAGCUGUGCAGACAGAUGACCAAAACCAUCUCUGAGAACGUCAUCCACUGGUUGGUGAGAAUCUUGUUGCAUGUCUUCAUUGACCUCAACUUUGGCAGUGUGGAUAUACAGCAGAGGGUUUACUUCUAA